UGAAAUCUGCUCUGGAUGCCUGCCGAGCACCUCAAAAGAAGGUCCAACUACCGCCAUUUCAGCUGUUCCCAAUCAUGCGAUAAAAUGAUAGAAUUGCCCUCCCCACUUUUUUGUUUCAUCGGCUCAGAUUUGCCCACACCACCUGAUCUUUCAAUUUCUGCAAACCCAAUUUCGCCUUCUCGCUCGAUCCCCUCCACUGUCCAGUCCGCCGGCAUGUUCGUCCUCCCGCUCAAGACGAACACCCCUGUGCGAAUGAUGGCCAUGGCCAGUCAGAAGCUCUACGGUCGGAGGGUUCCUCCGUCGUUUGCCUUCUUCCUGGCCUUUGCUUUUGCCUUCGUCCCCUCGUCGGCGCUCCUCUCUCGGCAAGCCCACUACGGCCUCGCCCAGCGAGUCAAUGCCGAUGGACCAUACAUUGGUUUGGUCAUGGCGGAUGCGGACGAGGAAGCCGCCCUCGUCGCCACCGGACUGUUCACACCUAGAACCGACCUCCCGCCUCUCGAGUUCAGCGGUAGAAGGUUCAACGUGGGGGACAUAUUUGGGGUUAAUGUAAUCUACGUGAAGUCUGGAGAAAGACGGAUGAACGCAGGAGUCACUGUUCAGAUCCUCUUGGACGUCUUCGACGUUUGCGGGAUCGUUCACUACGGAACGGCGGGAAGCGCCAACGACUCUUUGACGGUCGGCGACGUCAGCAUCCCCAAGUUCUUCGCCUUCACCGGAUCCUGGAAGUGGACGAAAGCCACCCAUGCUUAUGGAAGCCAAACAGCAGAACUGGAGUUUGGGGCAUUCAAUGUCCCCAUGAAGGGAAACAAUUUAUUAGGGAAAGUGGAAUUUCAAUCAGAGGACUUCUUCUCUGAUGGGCAUGAAAUGGAGGAAGUUUUCUGGCUUGAGCUGCAUAGUGCUUGGUACAAGGCUGCUGAGCAGCUUCAGGAUCUAGUACUUGAAAGGUGCAUCAAUGAAACUUGCUUAUCUGAACAUCCGAAAGUUAUUGCUGGUCUCAAAUCUUCCACUGCCGAUAUAUUCGUAGAUAAUGCAGCUUACAGGGAUUUUCUCUUCCAAACGUUUGAAGUGUCUACUGUAGAUGAAGAAAGUGCAGCAAUUGUCAUGACUGCCAUGUCGGGCAACACGCCAGUGAUCGUCUUUAGAGGGGUAUCAGACCUAGCAGGAGGAGCAGCAGCAGCGGCAGGAUCUGCAGCAAAUCACUUGUCCGCUAGCCUAAGCGACUUAGCAUAUGUUAAUUCUGUGAAUGCUUCUAUUGAAUUCAUAAGAAAAGUUGGAAGCAGCAGCAUGAGAACAGUUAGUUCUCGCUAAAUAAUUCUGCAUGGUCGGUUCUAUUUUCAAACUGCAUCAUCUGAAGAGUUUGCAAUAUCCAAGCUCAAACUUCUCAUCUUCAA